CGCCGCUUCCCACCGCCACUUCCCACCGCCACGUCCACGACGUCGCUUACGUCCGACGCGCCGUCGAGAUAGCCGAAAAAUCCGCUGGCUUCACGUCUACACAUCCGAACUUCGGGUGCGUAAUCGCUAUGCCAAGCGGAGAUGUCGCCGAUGAGGGGUACCUGUACGCCCACACAAAGCCCGCUGAGAUCCAAGCGGUGGAGGCCAGAGGCGAGCAUUGUAGAGGUGCUGCUGCCUACCUCCAUACGGAACCCGGUGACUGCCUUGGCGAUCACACUGCUUUCUCCGCUCUUGUUCAGGCAGGCAUCAAAAGAGUUGUUGUUGGAAUCAGGCAUCCUUUGCAGCAUCUCAGAGGCAAUUCUAUACGUGCCUUGAGGGGUCAAGGUUUGCAUGUUGAGGUUCUGGGGGAGGAUAUACAAAGUAAGAUUGUGGAGGAACUUGUUUGCAAGAUCCUCGAGUCUUCAGACCUUAACUUCUCACACUACAGUUACAGUGACAUCUUCUUUGAGGUUGUUUUCACUGGAGGCUGUACACAACCAGGCACAACCAAACCCGAUGAGGGGGAGCACCACCCUUACUCUACAAUAGACUGUGAGCCUAAGUGUGAAGUCAUUCUGCCACCUGUGAUCGACAUACAGAAAAUUUUAUGUCUGAAGCCUUUCCUCAAAAAGGACCUAAAAAUGUUAUGCAAAGAUUCCUGCAGUCAUUGGAGCUUUGAGGAAAAUGAAAGGAAGAAGCUUGCAAUUUUCACAGCUCUUGCUUUCUCCCACAAACUUCAGGGCUGCCACCAGAGAUCAUGUUCCAGCCCUUCCUCAAGGAUAAUCUUGUUGCCAAGGGGCUAGUCUUUCAUUCAUAACAGACUUCUUCAAGGAGUACCUGGUUCAUAAUAGCCUGGAGGAUUUAAUCACAAUUCUGAAGCGAGGGAAAAUGGAAGACAAUCUUCUGGACUUCUUUCCAUCUGCGAAGAGAUCUGCUGAGGGUUUUUCCAAGCAUUUCACAUGAGUUUAGUAGUUUUUAAAUUGACUAAAACUGCGAAGGACAUUUGGGAUGCAUGCUGUGUUUUAGAAUUAUUAGGUGUGGUUUCCUUUGAACAUUUUGGGACUGAUGCCGUUUUUAGCUAUGUUGAUUUUCAGCAAGGGUUGACGCCCCUGGUUGAAUACAAUGAGACAAAAAAUGUUUGUGGUGAAACUGAAGGACAUGAAAUCUGCUAUAACAACCCAGAUAUCUGAGGAAACUGAUAUCUGAGGUCAUAGAAACUGUCAAGCAACAUAUUAAAGAUGCUAAAUUUCCUGAUAUUGAAGUUGUGUGGAUGCUUUGGGAUAAAACAAUGGAUGCUGUUCAGUGGUCUGGGAAGAACCAGCAGCAGAAUGCUAAUGCGGCUCUGCGACAGGUCAAAUCAUGGGCAAAGCUUUUAUAUACCUUUUGUACUAGUGGAAAACUUGAGCUGGAACUCAUACAAAGUUCAGAUGCAAUGCUAUGAGGAUGCCAAGCUGAUGAAGCUGUUCCCUGAGAUCAUAAGGUCUCUCUAUGGCCAAGGUGUGCUUGCAGAAGACACCAUUCUUUACUGGUUCUGCAAAGGAACGAACCCUAAAGGCAGGCAAACAUUUGUCAAGGCCCUGGAACCCUUUGUGAACUGGCUGGAAGAAGCAGAAGAGGAGGAAUAAGUUGGACCUAGUUCCCCUGGUUCUAUUUGCUUGUAUCAAUUCUUGAGGUGUCCUUUGGCAUAAGAUAUCUCAAGAUCUUUGACAUCUGGUGUGACAUUGUGAUGUGAAGAAAUAAUUGGUGGGAUUUUCACCUGCAAUAAUCAAUCGCUUUAUGCUAU